GCAGCUACAAUGAGGCUGAAUCAGAACACCGUGCUGCUGGGCAAGAAGGUGGUCCUGGUACCCUACACCUCCGAGCAUGUGCCUAGGUGCUGGGCAUCCAGGCCUUUCCCUCCGCACCCAGCGAAAUCCAUGCUGUUGAUCCACCCAUCUAAGACCAAGUCUUCCCCCCACUCCCCGCAUCCGCAGGUACCAUGAGUGGAUGAAGUCGGAGGAGCUGCGGCACCUGACAGCCUCGGAGCCGCUGACCCUAGAGCAGGAGUACGCGAUGCAGGGCAGCUGGCGCGAAGACGAAGACAAGUGCACCUUCAUUGUGCUGGAUGCAGCAAAGUGGCAGGCCCAGCCUCGCCCCCCGGAAGAGAGCUGCAUGGUGGGAGAUGUGAACCUCUUCCUCACAGACCUAGAAGACCCCACCUUGGGGGAGAUUGAGGUCAUGAUUGCAGAGCCCAGCUGCAGAGGCCAGGGCCUUGGCACCGAGGCAUCUCUCCUGAUGAUGUCCUAUGGUGUGACGAAGCUAGGUCUCACCAAGUUUGAGGCCAAAAUUGGGCAAGAAAAUGAGCCUAGCAUCCGGAUGUUCCAGAAGCUUCAUUUUAAGCAGGUGGCCAUGAGCAGUGUCUUCCAGGAGGUGACGCUCAGACUGGCAGUGAGCGAGGCAGAGCGGCUGUGGCUUCUGGAGCAGACGAGCCACAUGGAGGAGAAGCCCUACAGAGCUGGGUUGGCAGAGCCCACGACCGCCACCCCGUGUGAGCAGAACUGGAACUGUCCACUCCCAAGGCCAGACAGCUGCAUGGGAGACCAAUGCCCAGGGUCUCCAGUCUGCUCCAGGCCCUCCUGAGCCUGCCGUGGCCUCCGCUGGCUGGCAGUGGCCAAGAAGACUCCUUCCUACUCCCAACCACGAGCUGACUGUGGUUGCACUGAACAGAUGGCUGGCAUCCAUCGAGGCUGAGGUGGAGGUGGGAGCUGGAGGCUGGAAAGCCAGCCUUUCCCUGGGGCCCUUGCUGAGUAAAACAUGCGUUUAGGCAGCUUC